AUGGUGGACCCAGCCUCGUCUAGCAAGCACAACACAAUCAGCAUCAAUGACAACACUACAGCCGUGAGCGCGCACCCUGGCAGUGCAAGUGCGCCUAACAACUUGCUCGAUAGGGACUCGGAAGCACAAGCCCCACAUCAUACCAUCUCGGGCGACAGUGACAGCGACGUGGACGACGAUUCGGUCACAAACGCAGGCAGUUUCACCGACCAACGAUCUGAUAUCAAAUCGAUAGACGCUCAGAGCAUACGCGUCACGGACUACACGGACGGCGAAGCGCGAAAUGACAACGAUACUGUCAUGGUUCAAGCCGGUGGAUCGGGCUACUCGGACGCAGACCUCAAGCAGACCCGCGACCUGGAAUCUUCCCAGCCGCCAUCACAACCCCGUGGCACCGCGCAUGCUGCAGACGAAGAUCUGGACGAUGAAUACGAAACUCACGCCUCGCUGCUGGGCACGGCUGGCUUUGUCGACCGCCGUGGCACCGCCUCUCGUCUAGCUGCUCGCUCUGCAUUCUCGCGGUUCUGGGAGAUCGCUCGAGAGGCGCUGCCCACCUUGAUUGUAUCCGUGCUCUCGCUCAUGUUCUCAGGCGAGCUCCUCGUCCAUCUCGCCCGAUGGCCCGUAUUCCGCAAGGUCGACAAGCUCUUCAUCCUCAUUCCUAUCUUGCUCAACAUGAAGGGCAAUCUCGAGAUGAACCUCUCGCUUCGCAUGUCCACCUCGGCCAACAUCGGCGAACUCGACGUUAGGAGGACGAGGGAGACGCUCAUUCGUGGCAACUUGGCGCUACUGCAGGUGCAGGCCCUGAUCGUCUCGAUGUUUGCCGGCGUGCUCGCUUUCGUGCUGGGCGUAGUGACGCCCGACCCACAAGUCGAAGCUCCCGUUUCACCAGUGCCGACAACACCGCGACAACAGACACCUGAAAACGCAUUGAUAUCCAGCAUUGUAAGGAGCGCCUUCUCCGCCGUGACACUUCGAAAUCGACGUAGAUCUCUCGCCGGCACCGCGACAACACAGGGCGGCUCAUGGCUACAAAAGCGACGUAUCAUUCAUCACCCGAAACCGCCCACGGAUCCAGCACUUCGUCUCCGCAACGGCUACUUCGAGUUUGUCCUUGUCAUCGCAACAGCCAUGCUCUCGGCGUCGCUCUCGUCCGCCAUGCUGGGUUCCUUCAUGUGUGCACUGGUCGUCAUCGCUCGACGCGCAGGCGCCAACCCAGACAACAUCGCAUCGCCGCUGGCUGCUUCGCUGGGCGACCUUACGACGCUCACCAUCCUCGGUCUGCUCGCCUCGUCGCUGGUGCACUUUGAGGGAACGUUUCUUGCAACCGUCAUCCUGGCCGCGAUGGCCGUGGCUUGCAUUGCAUCCUUCAUCGUCACCUACCGCAACGCCUACGUUCGAGAGCUGCUGACCUCAGGAUGGGUGCCGCUAUUGAUGGCCAUGUUCAUUUCAUCCGGAGCAGGCCUGGUGCUGGACGAGUAUGUGGGCAAGUACGAAGGAUUUGCGCUGCUUGCGCCCGUCAUUAGCGGUCUUCCCGGUGCGUGUGCGGCCAUCUUUGCCUCGCGCAUCACCACAUCGCUGCACUCUGGCAAGGGCGCUGCGCUCCUUCGUGCCGCCUCCAAGGCAGGCGACGUUGGUGGCAUCCGUGGAACCCUCGCAUCCAUCCGCUCAGUCCUCCUCAUCCCACCCAUCGAGGGCUGGCUCGUACCCAUCAGUCUCUUCACCAUGGGCGUAGGCAUCAAGGUCGUCUUCAUCGUCAUGAUCCGUGUGGCGGGCCAGAUGAGCUUCGGCUGGAUUUUUGCGCUCACCUUCAUCGGUGCUAGCGUUGCCGCCAACCUGUUUGCGCUGUACCUGGCGCAUGUCAUCUGCCUGGUGCUGUGGAGUAGAGAUUACGAUCCGGAUAUCUACUGUCUGCCGUUCGUGAGCUCAAUCGUCGAUGUCGUCGGGCAGAGUCUGCUGGUCAUGACGUUUGGCGUGGCGACCGGGUUGGGCGAUCACAUCACUGCGGCGGUCAACGCCGGGCAUGGAGCGGUGUAA